CUCCCUUGGGUUCGACAGGGAGGCCAGCAGCCAAUCAGGCUGGGAUUAGAGUUUCUACAGCCAAUGGUUCCAACCAGACACGCCCACUGCUUGUGACGCUCCAUUUCAGUACAGGAAAUAGAAAAGGUUGUUUUGCUUAUGCAGAAGAGAGGGCUGCAGCCCUACAGGUUUCACAGAAUUGUAUUAUCUGCUGUUUAAAGUAUUUUAGGUUGGGUACAAAUGAAGAUGGACGUCAGUGUCUCCGUGUCGUUCUUUCAAGACGAGCUCGCCUCUACCAUCGAGCACGCAGUGAAAGCGGCUGUAGACACCGUCUUGUGCCAAAUCACAAAAGUUGUCGGCGGCAAAUUCACUGAAUUCCGAAUGGAAAUGGCUGGAAAGGAGAAAGAGAAUGAAAGUCUGAAGCUGAGAUUGGAAAUAUCAGAGAGCGAGUUGAAAGCAGUGCGGGAAUGCAUGAACGCUGCAGAUGCAGACAUUAAACAACCUCUCAGAAACAUGAACCCCGACUGCAAUGAACAAGACUUUCAGAGGAACGAGAACCAGGGAUUAUUUCACGAUCCCACAGAGAGCCAUGCUGUGCCUAAAUCUGAAGCACAGGAGGGGCCAAGGAUAGAAGUAGUUCACACACAAGAGUCCUUUGACCAGGUGUGGUAUGCAAGUCUAAAGCAGGUUACAGAGCUGACAUGUGUUAAAGAUGAAGAGGUCCCUCGACUGGAAUGUGUUCCUAUUAAAGAGGAAUUCAUAGAACAGGAAUGUAUCCCCAUCACAGAGGAAGUUCCUACUGAAAAUAAUGUCUGUACACUUGAGGAGAACAACCAGCUGGGAUCCAGCCUGUGUGAUGAUUGUCCACCUGAAUGUGAACUGGGAUUUAGAGCUGCUGAAGGAAAUCACGCAGGAGGGACUCAAUUUCCCUGUGCUGAUUGUGGGAGGAGAUUCAGUUGUUUUUCACAUCUAAAAAUCCACCAGCGUGUUCACACAGGAGAGAAACCUUAUCACUGUACUGAGUGUGGGAGGAGUUUCACGCUGUUACAAAAUCUUAAAAGACACCAUCGCAGUCACACAGGAGAGAAACCUUAUCACUGCACUGAGUGUGGGAGGAGUUUCACGUUGUUACAAAAUCUUAAAAUACAUCAUCGCAGUCACACAGGAGAGAAACCUUAUCACUGCAGUGAGUGUGGGAAGAGAUUCACACAGUUAGGACAUCUUCAAUCACACCAGCGCAUUCACACAGGAGAGAAACCUUAUCACUGUGUUGAGUGUGGGAGGAGAUUCACACAUUUAAGUUCCUUGAAAAUCCACCAGCAGACUCACAAAAAAAUAAUCUUAUCUGUGUAGUGAAUGUCUGAAGAGUUUCAGUCACUUAUCAAACCUUAACCCUUUGCGGUCCUCUGUCGGACCUGGUCCGACAUUGCAAUUUUCCGUUCCCGGUCCAAUGACAUCAUCAAAAUGACGCCAAAAACAGGUCUCUAAUCGUUUUUUCUCCGGAAAAAGCCGAGAAAACCAUUCAAUGGCCGAGUGAGAUCGAUAGGAGCCAAGAGAAGCCGAAAAAAAUUGGCGUAUCUCAGAAUACAGGCACCACAUAGAUAACAAGGACAUAAACAAACAAGAUAGCUGCUUCUGCAUCCAGCGCUCAGAGAAUAUCACAGACAUUUGCAUGGCUUUAUUUAGGUGUUAUAGUAAUAAAAUAAUGACUUGGAUUGCAUUAUUGAGGAGUUUGGUGAUAAAACGAGUGAUCAGGAGAUGAUUUAUCGGUAUGCACUACUAUGAAGAGGUAUGUGAAAAAUACAGUGAACAAGGGGUGGGGCGGGGCUGGAGAUGCAGUACUGAGUGUCCUGUUGAUAUGCAGUGCCUUUUAAACCUGUUUUACUGUGAAAAAAAUACUUUUAAACAGAGCAUCUAAAAUAAACUGCGCGUGUAAAAAUAAUUUGGACCUGAUGCUCCUGAGACGCACUGAAUAAAUGGACCACAAAGGGUUAAGAGACGCCAGAAAAUUCACACGAGAGUGAAGCCCUAUCCCUGCUCUGAAUGUGGGAGGAAGUUCAAUCAGUUACAGGCUCUUGAGGGACACAAGAGAAUCCACAGAAUUUCAGACACUUCAGGACACCUAAACACAAGGAGUAAAUCUGACUAAAAUACAGAAAUAAUUACUGAAAACAAAAGAAUAAACUUGCUCCUAAUCAUUUCAGAUCAAAAACGUACUCUCACGGAUGAAAACUACGACAUCUUGUUUGGACCAUUCAACAUCGUGUUGACUUUUCUGAUAUCGUUACGUCACUUUAGUAAUCUGAAAUAGAUUGUAAUUGCGUCUGCAGGAUUCCACUUUUGUCUCCUGCAUUGCUGACUCUUAGUUUGAACGUUAGGAUUAUUGUAUGCAACUCUCCACUAGUGACCAAUUCUCCAGCUCUUUCAAGUCCACGCUAAGCUUUGAUCACCUCAAACAUAGUUUUGUUGUUGUCAGGCUCUGUCUGCAUUAUAGCACCCCCUGUGGCAGGGCAGAAGAGCCCUGAGUGUGAUUAGUGGGGCGGGGCAAAACUAUGCUGAUGAAAUGAAUUAUUAUUUAAAAGAAACGUAUUUGUUUGGUGUUUAUUUAAAUGGGUGAUGUUAUUGGUGCUGUAUGUAAACGUGUUUUGUGUUUAUUUAACCCUUUACGGUCCAUUGUCGGACCUGGUCCGACAUCAUUAUAGAAAUGCAAAAAACAGGUUUCUAGUCGUUUUUUCUCCGGAAAAAAGCCGAGAAAACCAUUCAAUGGCCUAGUGGGAGCGACAGGAGCCGAGACAAGACGAAAAAAAAAGGCAUAUCUCAUGAAUAGUCAUACAUGGCCCUGGUAUCAGAUAAUGGGGCGGUCAUAAGUAAACAAGCUGGCUGUUUACUGCGCACAGAGAACACGGACAUUUGCAGAGCUUUUUUGAGAUGUUAUAGUAAUAAAAUAAUGACUUGGAUCGCAUUAUUGAGGAGUUUGGUGAUAAAACGAGUGAUCCGGAGAUGAUCGAUCGGUAUGUACGACUAUUAUUAUUAUUAUUAUUUAUUUCUUACAUAGGUGAAAGCUAUAGCGAACGAAAAGGUGGGGCGGGGCUGGAGAUGCCUAGUGAGUGCUUUGUUGUUAUGCAGGGCCUUUUAAACCCGUUUGACUGUGGAAAAAAAUACUUUUAAACAGUGCGUCUAAAAUUAACUGCGCGUGUGAAAAUAAAUUAGACCUGACGUGCCUGACGCGAUAAAUAAAUGGACUGCAAAGGGUUAAAAACGUGAGGUUUGUGUUUUUUUUGUUUGGCAGCGUGGAUGGGGUUAUCGACCCGUCCCUCUAAUCUCGUACAGAAUGCGACCAUCUCCAAAUGGAUUCCAAAGUGUUAAUUUGGAGAUGGUCACGCAGAUAGAAACCUGCAGCAUUUGCUGAACGAGAGAGAGAGAGAGAGAGAGAGAGAGAGAGAAACAGAAACAGAAACAGAAACAGAAAGUAAAAGUAAUCCUUGCUGAUCGUGCUGGAAGGACCGGCACGGUGCUUGUUUGGUGGAGGGAUCUUUGGUUUGUUUUGUGAGAUUUGUUUUGUUACACCUGUUUAUUUUGCUCUGUGUUUGUUGUUUUUGUAUAACCUUUUGACUUAUUUUUGUGUUAAUAAAUACAUCAACCCGCAGUC